CUUCCAGAUCUAGGGAGACACACCGUAUAUCCUCUAUCUUCAAGAUGGAAGGCUACUCGCAGGUGGCAUUUGCAUCCCUCUGCGGCCUCGCCGCCGUCGUAGCGGGGUGGCUCGCGCACUGCGUGUACAAGUGGACGAACCCGGCGUGCAGCACCGGGAGGCUCCCUCCAGGAUCCAUGGGCCUCCCUCUCGUCGGCGAGACGUUCCAGUUCUUCAAGCCAAGCCCUUCUCUCGACGUUCCGGCCUUCUACAAGCAAAGGCUGAAAAGGUACGGGCCGGUGUUCAAGACGAGCCUGGUUGGGCAGCCUGUGGUGGUGUCCAUGGACGCUGAGGUGAACCGCUUCAUCUUCCAGCAGGAGGGCAAGCUGUUCCGGAGCUGGUACCCGGACACGGCCAACAACAUCUUCGGCAAGGAGAGCAUCGCCUCCUACGACGGCUCCUUCCACAAGUACGUCCGCAGCUUCGCGUCCAGGCUCUUCGGCCUCGACAGCCUCCGGGACGUGCUCCUCGCCGAGAUGGACUGCAACGUCACGGACAGCCUCGCCGCGUGGGCUGCCGAGCCUGCCAUCGAGGUCAAGGACGCCGUGGCCAACAUGGUCUUUGACCUCACGGCCAAGAAGCUGAUUGGGUUCAGUCCUGAGAAGUCGAGGAAACUCAGGAAGAACUUCGAUGCCUUCUUCCAGGGAUUGGUCUCCUUCCCGCUGUAUUUCCCUGGGACAACAUUCUACAGAUGCAUACAGGGAAGGAAAAACGUGCAGAAGGUGCUCAAGGACCUACUGAAAGAAAGGCUCGGUGCACCCGAAAAGCGACACGGAGAUUUCCUCGACGAGGUGGUCGACGAGCUACAGAGUGGAAGGGGAGUGAUAGACGAGAAAUUCGCUGUAGACUUGAUGGCCGCCCUCUUGUUCGCCAGCUUUGCAACGGUGUCGUCUUCGCUCACGAUCGCUAUGAAGUUCCUGAGCGGCCACCCCAAUGUAGUGGAGUCACUCAAGGAGGAGCAUGAAGCAAUCCUGAAGAAAAGAGAAGAAGGUGCCAAGUCCGGGAUCACUUGGGAAGAGUACAAGUCCAUGACAUUCACUGCUCAGGUUACGAAUGAGAUAUCUCGCGUCAGUAACGUGGCCCCUGGAAUAUUCAGGAAAACACUAACGGACGUGCAAGUGAAAGGCUACACAAUUCCCGCCGGCUGGCUGGUGAUGAUCAGCCCCAUGGCUGUCCAUCUGAACCCAGAAUUGUUCGAAGAUCCGUUGACAUUUAACCCAUGGAGGUGGCAGGAUGAGUCGAAGAAGAGCACCAUGCUGAAGAACUUCAUGCCAUUCGGAGGGGGCAUAAGGCUCUGUGUGGGAGCAGAGUUCAGCAGGAUUCAGAUCGCACUCUUCCUUCACACCCUGGUGACAAAGUACAGAUGGAAGGAGAUAAAAGGUGGCGAAGUACAACGCAUAUCGGAGAUCGUGUUUCCGGAGGGCUAUCACAUCCAGAUAAUCCCUAGGGAGGGAUAAAAUGAUUCACCGAUUGAAGAUUCCACUGCUCUUGGUGCAAGAAAGCACAGCCUACUUUGUCGCAAAUAACUUACGGAUAGCCCGUCAAAUGUUUUUUUAACUUAUGGAUAGCCCUACUACUUCCAUAAUUGGGGAUUGGCAGAAAAAUGGCAGCGAUAACUUCUCUACCAUCUCUUCUCUAUAAAAUGUAACUCUCCAACACGUGAUACCAGUCUACUACCACCUCGUUGUCUUCC